AUGGGUGACGUCUCAUUGUGCCCACCUUUGACACGCUCGUCGGUUCAAGCGGCGCAUGCAGCGAUCAAGCAGCAUAUCCAUCGGACUCCUACCAUCACAUGUGACACCAUCUCUCGUCUCGCCUCGACUCCCCAGACUCCGGAAUCACUCAAAGGAACUCCUUUCGAGGGCCGUACACCCUCUCAACCACGCAUCAAUCUCUUNUUCAAGUGCGAGAAUUACCAGAAGAUUGGCGCGUUCAAGGCGAGGGGUGCCUUCCAUGCACUUAGUCGUCUGAGCAAAGAAGAACUGAGCAAAGGUGUUGUUACUCAUAGCUCGGGAAACCAUGCUCAAGCUCUCGCUCUGGCUGCCCGUACCUAUGGUAUUCCAGCCCACAUUGUCAUGCCUACCAUUAGUACUCCGUCCAAGAUUGCGGGCACCAAAGGCUACGGAGCCAAUGUCAUCUUCUCUGGUUCCACAUCCGACGAAAGAGAGGCUGUCGUCGCAGAUGUGAUACGAGACACUGGUGCUAUACUCGUGCCGCCAUACGACCACCCCAACAUCAUGCUCGGCCAAGGCACACUGGCACUUGAGCUGGAAGAACAAGCCAAAGAGAUGGAUGAACGAGGUCUGGACGCCGUUGUAGCUCCCUGCGGCGGAGGUGGCAUGCUCUCUGGUGUUGCCACCGCUCUUUACGGAACCGGCAUCCGUGUCUUUGGAUCUGAACCCAGCUUCGAGGGUGCUGAUGACGCAAAACGAGGUGUAGAGUCUGGCACUCGUGUCGAAAAGGUGAAGACGCUGACAAUCGCUGAUGGUCUACGAACACCAGUUGGUAAGAUUCCGUGGACCAUCAUUAGCGACAAAGAGAAGGUGAAGGGCAUGUACAGCGUCACUGAAGAACAGAUAAAAGCUGCCAUGCGCCUGCUUUUGGAAAGAGCCAAGGUCUUCGUCGAGCCGAGUGCUGCUGUGCCUCUUGCUGUUGCCUUAUAUGAUGAAGACUUUAGAAGCAUGAUUGAGAAAGAAGGAGGCGAGCAAGGCUGGAACAUCGGUAUUGUUCUGUCAGGAGGAAACACCACUGUUGAAGCUAUCGGCAAACUUUUCCAACCUGUCUCUGAAGAACAGGCAGAAAGACAAGAGUCCAAGUUAGGCAUCAAUGGCGAACGAGUUGCGGAGAAUGUUGCAGGCUAG